CGCAAGAGUUAUGCGCAGCUAGUUCUCCCCCAACGACAUGCGUAUGCUAAUGCUCGUCCUUUCCUCUCCUCCAUAAUCGCUGGAUUAAUCUCUUCGCCUGAGCUGUUCUGCCCCUUAUGGGUCCUGGGGGACUUCUUCUAGCCUCCAUUGUUGCCAUGUCGAUCUUUCCUUACAUGCUACAUCGCGCCAAUUCAGAGGAUGUCUUCUCCGAGGCUGAUGGCCCAACAGCGGAAAGCUCAGACAACCUGGACGAGCUGUGGCUCAGCCCGGGGCCGCCGCCGAGGGUCGUCGACGUCGAUGAGUACGGAGCCAGAGCUGCCGGCGGUGACGACACCCAGGCGUUUCUUGGCGCGUGGAGGGAAGCUUGCAACUCCUCUGAAUACCCGUCAAUGUUCCUCGUGCCCGAGGGGAAGACCUACGUCCUGAUGCCCGUAAGCUUCUGUGGCCCCUGCAGAGCCAUCUCCAUCACUGCAAUGAUAAGGGGGACACUGGAGGCUCCGUACAACCGAUCGGUUUGGCUCGAUCACAACCUGCACGAAUGGAUCACGUUCGAGGGCAUCGAUCGCCUCCGUGUCCAGGGCGGCGGGACGCUCAAUGGAAAUGGACAGCAGUGGUGGAUCAACUCGUGCAAGGUCAACAAAUCAAUGCGAUGCGUCACCGGCCCGACGGCGCUGUACUUCAGAAGAUGCACUCACCUGGUUGUGGAGGACCUGGAGGUGAGGGAUAGCAUGCAGAUGCACGUAGCGAUUGCCUACUCUUGGAACGUGCUUGUGUCGAAGCUGUUCAUCACUGCACCAGGAUGGAGCCCCAACACUGACGGCAUCCAUGUGUCCAACAGCAAGGAAGUGUCCAUAAUCGAGUGCAUCAUCAGCACAGGUGAUGACUGUAUAGCCAUUGUGACUGGCUCAAUGUUUGUACGGGCAACCGGCAUAUUUUGCGGACCGGGCCAUGGAAUAAGCAUCGGUAGCCUGGGAGCAAACAACUCAAGGGCCCAUGUCUCUGACGUGCUGGUGGAGAAGGCCACGCUGCUGGGCACGACCAACGGUGUGCGGAUCAAAACAUGGCAGGGAGGUCAUGGCUAUGCUGAAAGAAUUACUUUUCAAGAUAUAACAAUGCAUAAUGUUACGAACCCGGUAAUUAUCAACCAGAAGUACUGCGACUCCAAGAUACCAUGUCAUGAACAGGAAUCAGCUGUUGCCAUACGUAAUAUACGGUACAGAAACAUACGUGGAACUAGUGCUUCAAAAGUUGCCGUCAAUUUUAUAUGCAGUGAAGCUGUUCACUGUGAUGGUAUAAUCAUGCAAGAUAUUUAUUUGGUUGGAGAAGGAAGAUACGCUACAUGUUCACAUACGAACGCCACAGUCGCACAACUAGGGUAUAACUUCCCGUUUUGCAGCGCGGACAUGUAGUCAGACAGAGAUAAGCACAUCAUAUACAUGUUAUCCAUUUAGAGCAUUUUGGAAAAGUAGGAUUAAAAAAACACAAGAUUGAGGCGACCUCGUAUUUAGAAUCCUUUAUGAUUCCAAACGCAAUUUUUUUUAAGAAGCGUUUGGAUCUUUUGAAGGGUAAAAUUCUCUUGGAAUUGAAGAGAGAGGAAGAGAGUGGGGAAGACACAUUGUAUAUUAAUUGGAUUUCUCAAAAGAGUUGUAAACAUGAUGUCCUCCAAAAAGUGGAUGAAAUGAAUGAAUCCUAUAGGGAUUUCUAAAUCCUAAAUUCCGUAGAUAAAGUUGCUAUAGCAUUCAAUUAUGAAAUUCCUGGAAAAAUCAUUCAUCCUGGAGGGUCAUAUUUGUACUACAGAAAAGUCAAGUACAUUGUACU